GAUAGAAAGUGGCCGUUGGCAUCAUGUCAAACAAUUCUUCAGAGCACAGCCCAUUGUACAAGCGGUAGAACACACAAGGAGGCAAAGUCUCUCCUUAGACUUAAAGGUUCAAUACCGCAUGUGAGUUUGGGAUCGUCGACGAUUCGUACAGCGCGCCUUUGAAUUUUAUCAAUAAUUAAUUAUGCUCAUUAUUUAAUUAAUUAAGAUUGUCAAUUGUUUCUUAGUAGAUAAUCUGUAUCUUAGAUAACUCGCAUCCCUGCUGAUAUACGUAUAUAUUACGGCUUUCGUUCACAUUUCCUGAUAUCAUUCGAUUAUCGAGUCGGGUGUGUUACACUUAUUGAUUUAAUUAAUGCGAAUACAUUGUGUUUUAUAUACUUUGUGGAAGCAGAAAUUUAUAGAUUAAAAUUAUAAAGACAAAUCAGUGGUUUUAAGUGGUUUACAAAUACAUUUCGAACAUUUUAGGGCGUCGUAUCGUAUCUCGAACACGUAGGAAGAAGAAAUAUAAGAAGAAAUUGAGUUUUAACUUAUAAUUUUAUUAUAAGUGUAGUUAUGGAGAGUAAUAAUUUGGCACCAUCAGGAGUUCGCGAGCAUGUGCGAAAAUUCUUCAACCCGGAGAGCUUCGAGCCGUUGGCGUUUCGAGACGUGGCCAAACUGGGGUUACUGGGGCUGCUGAUGUCAGAGCUGGCGGUCUACUUCCUCCUGCAGCAGAGCGCAGACCUUGGGGAGCUGCCAUACUAUAUUACAGAUGCCAUUAUAAUGAGCAUAUCCCUGCUGGAGUUUCUAGUAGUCCCGAUAAUCAGUGGGCUGGGCUCAGAGAGGAGAAGGAGUGUACUAGUGGGAUGGACCAUCGCUGGUCUGGUAACAACGGUACCUCUGUUCGCGUUGCCCGACCCGGAUAUUACUGCUGAUGAAGGUCUUUGCACAACCGAAGUUCUACUAGCUACGGGUAUCUCCACGAAGGCUGCAGUCCGUCUGUCCAUGCUGCUCAUAUGUGGGCUAGUGUGCGCGCUCGGAAGAGCGGCCUUCUUUUCGCAUGGACUUGCGUAUUUAGACGAAAACAAUCCUUCUUAUAACCUGCAUAUGCAUGUUGGUCUCUUCAUCCUAUACCGCGUGCUGGUAUUCACCUUCGGCAGGACCUUGAAAGCCAUGGCCUUGCAGGUGGCAUGGGUGAAACUACUUGCCAUCACCAUCAUUUACCUGCUCACGCUACUCCGGCUCUUCAGGUAUCCUGAGGCGGUUCCGGCGCCGGAAAUAAAACUUCGAAGUGAUAAAGGUCUACUUCGUAGCAUGGGUCGCGUCCUUGGCAGCAAAGUGGGGCUGCUGCAAAUCCUGUCGAUGGCCUUACUGGUCGCUGCUUGGCGGGGCUUCGGCCUGCAUGAUGCGGCCUUUGCCCAGGUGAAAUACAACGUACAUCCGGACAACGAUUCAAUAUCGGGGUUAAUGGAGACUCAGUUAAAACUGCUGUCCGUCAUAUUAGGAGUUAUUCUAGCUGGAUACAUCUACACUACCCCCGUCAUGCCGAAGUUUGAUCGCAAAGCAGCAGUCGCCAGCGCCGCAAAGAUGAGUUUCCUAGCCACCGCGUUCUACGUCGUGAUGGCGUUGCUUAGCUGCAAUCGGAGUGAAAUUGGAGGCUUGACCGAGCUUAAUUAUACUCAGCCUGCUUGUGGAUUAAACUGUGGUUGCGAUCGGCCAUGGAUGGAGUUUACUCCAGUCUGCGUCCCUGAGCAGAUGACGACGUAUUUCUCUCCCUGCCACGCCGGCUGUACUACAGCUGAUACAGUUAAUAGUAUUGGGGUGUACUCGAACUGCUCAUGCGCGCCGGGCGGGUUCGUCACCAAGGGCGCAUGCGACGACGGCUCCUGCGCCGGCAUGUACUCUUUACACCAAAUGUUUUACGUGAUGAUUUGGUUGGUCAGCACUCUGGCGUUCAUAUGGCAGACCACCGUGUUGUUGGAGUCAGUGGACAAGCGUGACGUCGCGAUGGCCGUGGGUGUCGCGUCAAGCGUAGUGUCACUGACCGCCUUCGUAGGGGCCCAUGGGUUCUACAUGGGAAUUAGUUCGUUCACGUGCGCGUUCAACCGCGGUUCCAAGUGCCUCCUCCAGAAUGAUCACUUCGCACUAUGGGUGGGCUACUCCAGCGUGGCACUAGCCGGUCUAGCUUUCAUACUCUCCAUAAUCUCAUGCAUCUUACUGGGGAGACAGAAAGAGCCGAAGGAAGAAAACGUGAACCUUGGGUAGUGUGUAGAAACUUAAUUGUAAAGCGUGGGUUUAUUCCAGCGCGAUCCUAGCUGGUAUGGCUUUCAUACUCAACAUAAUCUCUUGCGUCAUACUGAGGAGACAGAGAGAGACUAAGGAAGAAGACAUGACCUUGGAUAGUGUAUUUGAAAUAUAAUUAUAAAUCCUGGGUUUACUCCAGCGAGGUCUUAGCUGGUCUGGCUUUCAUCCUCAAGAUAGUCUCCUGCGUCAUACUGAGGAGACAGAAGGAGCCAAAGGCAGAAGACAUGAACCUUGGAUAGUAUAUAGAAACUUAAUUAUAAAUCCUGGAUUAACUCCAGCUUGGUCUUUGCUGGUCUGGCUUUCAUAUUCUCCAUAAUCUCCAGUAUCUUACUGGGGAGAUAGAAAGAGCCGAAGAAAGAAAGCGUGAACAUUGGAUAGUAUACGUAAACUUAAUUAUAAAUCCUGAGUUUACUCCAGAGCGGUCCUAGCUCGUCUGGCUUUCAUAUACUCACCAUAAUCUUCUGCAUCAUACUGAGGAGACAGAAGAAGCCGAAGGCAGAAGACGUGAACCUCGGAUAGUGAAUUUGAAACAUAAUUAUAAAUCCUGGGUGGGCGACUCCAGUGCGGUCCUAGCUGGUCUGGCUUACACCAUAAUCGGCUGCAUCAUACUGAGGAGAAAGAAGAAGCCGAAGGAGACGGAGGACGUGAACUUUAGAUAGUGUACUCGCAUAUAAGAAACUUAGUUAUAAAUGAAACAAAUAUUGUGCCAGCCGAUAUUUAAUUUGCUUUCGAUUUUUUUCUUGUUAGAUUUGGGUAAAAUUUGGCUCGUUUGAAGGGCUCCUUAUUCUCGGUGGAUGAAUACGAAAUCUCAAACUGCUAAAUUUUUCAUUAAGUUACGAAUAUAGACUUUUCGUCGGGUACUGUUUUGACAUUUUGCUGGGACAUCGACGCGACCUCGACCAGUGAAACCUGCGACGAAAGUCGAAACGUCAAAAACAAAGGUAUUUUACAAAAUAAAACCGAAAUUCGCAAAUUGCGGGGAUCUUUCUCUUUUACUCUCACUAAGACGUAAUGAGAGUGACAGAGAAAAUUGCCCGCAAUUGACGAACUUCGAUUUUCGCGGUUAUAGCCCCAGUUUUAAAUAGGUAUGUUUUAGAUAGAAUGUGUUCAAAUGUUAUGAGUGUUAUGACUCAAGCAAGAUAGUUUAAAUUCGAUUGAAUGUUCAUGAUGUAAAUAAAAUUGGAAAUAAAAUGUCAAUAUACUUUCUCCUCCAUGGGAUAGGCAUUUGCCUAUAGUGUGUGCCUUGCCUUUAAUUUUAUUUCAGAAAAUAAUGAAUUUUAUUAGGUAUUUAAUGUAUAAAUUAAUUAGAUGAGAAAUGUACCUACGUCUAAGUAUGUAAUUAAUCAGUAAGUAAGUACGUUAUUACUUUAUAUUAUGUAAAUAAAUAUUCAGUAUAAGCGA